AGAUACACACACAACGCCAGCGUGCCAGUUGCGAAAACUCAAGAUUUUUCUUGUGUCUAGUUUUUUUUAUCUUCAUUAGCAGUACUUUGCUGCUGGUGUGCUCAUUUCGCCAUUGUCAACGUUUAACAAGCCGUGUAAAAGCGGUUUGCGAGCAAGGCCGCACAUAAAACAGGCAGCCGCUGUCGAUCAUGCGCAACUGAUGGUUUUCCUGUCGCGCUGACACACACUGGGUGGCUUAACAACCCGGCGCACACCAGCCAUCUCCCGGUUCACCCGCCCCCGUGCGCUGUGUGUUCUUAUCAUUACACUCCCUGUGAUCGGGUAUUUAUUGCCCGCUUAUCGCUACAGCUGCGCUGCCUGCUGUGACAGGAUUUUACUGACUGGCUAUCUUUAUCUGGCCGUGCGUUUGAAUUUGAAUGCUAAUUUUAUUCUUCUGCUCGUUUCUCUCUGUCUGCUCUCUUCCACAACUCUCUCCUUCUGAUGUUCCCCUGGAAAUAGAGCGCAUUUCAAGUGGCAGGAGUGCGUCCAUUGGGUGUUGAAGAGCCCCAGCUGCAUGAUCUUUAUCAAUUGCCUUGAUCUCCUUGGUGUUGUGCUGUGUGUGGCUGUGUGACGGUGUGCUCGGACUGCACGGAGAAUCGCCAGUGUGCACUUUUGCAGGCGCUGCAUGCUGCCUGCGCUGAAUCAGUCUUGCCAUGGGUGCCAUUAAUAGUUGUCUGAAAAAAUCCAACGGACGCGCACAAGCUCUUCCUCCGACCAGAAAACCGUUUUCCCCGCCGGAGAUGGGUAAUCAUUCGUCAAAUGCCAAUAUUCUGACCAGCCACUUGCACAGCGCCCGGUCGGGUGCAGCGGGGCCUGUCCCAGGCGGCCACGGAGGUCACAGUCAGUUGCCCGCCCUCCCGGACCAUCAGCGGUCAGCGGAUGGCUUCACCUCAUCCGGUGCCAAUAUCUUCGUGGCGCUGUAUGAUUACGAUGCGCGGACGGAUGAGGACCUGAGCUUUCGGAAAGGUGAUCAUCUGGAGAUUCUCAACGACACCCAGGGGGAUUGGUGGUUCGCCCGCAGUCGGACCUCGCGGCAGGAGGGUUAUAUUCCCAGUAACUAUGUCGCCAAACUGAAGUCCAUUGAGGCCGAGCCAUGGUACUUUGGAAAAAUUAAGCGGCUGGAAGCGGAGAAAAAGCUGCUGCUGGCCGAGAACGAGCACGGGGCGUUCCUUGUGCGCGACAGUGAAAGCCGCAAGAAUGAUUUCUCCUUGUCAGUGCGUGAUCAAGACACAGUGAAGCACUACCGCAUCCGGCAGCUGGACGAAGGCGGCUUCUUCAUCGCACGCCGCACCACCUUCCGGACACUGCAAGACCUCGUCGAGCACUACUCACUCGAUGCCGAUGGACUGUGUGUCAAUCUCAAGAAGCCCUGCGCGCAGGUGGAGCGCCCAACGACAGCUGGUCUGUCUCACAAUACCAUUGACCAGUGGGAGAUUAUGCGGGAAUCCUUGAAAUUCGUCCGCAAACUCGGCCAUGGACAGUUUGGGGAAGUAUGGGAGGGUUUGUGGAAUAAUACAACGCCGGUCGCCAUUAAAACCCUGAAACCAGGCACAAUGGAUCCGAAAGAUUUCCUAGCGGAAGCACAGAUCAUGAAGCGUCUGCGGCACAAUAAGUUGAUCCAGUUGUAUGCUGUGUGCACCCUGGAGGAGCCCAUCUACAUUAUCACCGAGCUGAUGAAGCACGGCAGCUUGUUAGAGUAUCUGCAGAGUCCACGCGGACGCCAGCUGAAAUUACCGCAGCUCAUCGACAUGGCAGCACAAAUUGCCACCGGGAUGGCCUAUCUCGAGUCGCAAAACUAUAUUCAUCGCGAUCUAGCCGCCCGCAACGUCCUCGUCGGCGAGAAUAACGUCGUGAAAAUUGCCGAUUUCGGUCUGGCUCGAUUAAUUCGAGUCGGGGAGGACGAGUACGAAGCACGUGUGGGAGCACGUUUCCCCAUCAAGUGGACCGCGCCGGAAGCGGCCAAUUACAGCAAGUUCAGCAUCAAAUCGGACGUGUGGUCAUUCGGUGUGUUGCUCAUGGAGUUGUACACGUACGGACGCAUACCCUAUCCCGGCAUGACCAAUGCGGAAGUGCUGCAGCAAGUGGAGAACGGCUACCGGAUGCCCAUUCCCGACAAAUGCCCGGCUGAGUAUUACAAAAUCAUGAAAGACUGCUGGCACAAGGACCCGAUGAGCCGGCCCACCUUCGAGACGCUGCAGUGGCGUCUGGAGGAGUACUUCACCGCCACCGGCACCGAGUACCGUGAAGCCACCACCGUGGCCUAAAAUGCCCCGCUCUUCCUCCCCCUUGUGCGCCCCGUGGUGUCUUUGUAUCUCUCGUUGAUAUUCGCGACAGGACCACACUUGUUUGUAAUCUGAGUGUUCGCGUUCGAAUUUUCGUGGGACGCGACGCUGCCUCGGCUGGACUAUUUUAAUUGGAUUAAUUUUAAAAUGUUUUUUUUUCUAGUAAAUUUAUACCGUUAGUAUUGUGCUUGACUCUCUCUCUUUGAUUUCAGUUCUCGGCCUGUGUGUGCGGGCUUUUUGAUGAUCCUGGUUUACUUUGUAUCGUGGGCUGCUUUUUUGAUUUUUAUUUUGUUUUUAUUGGCAAUUUUGUGGCGGCUGUGUUUUGGGCAGCCUCGUAUUUGACCGGAUUUUUAGAUAGUUUUAUUGUGGUUUUUUUUAUUGAUCGAAAAAACCGCCAUGUGUUCAGUGUUCUGGCUGAUCUGAUCUGGUAAUGCUUAUUAUGCAGCGCGGCCUCUGCUUAUAAAAUAUUAUUUCAGCUCUUG